AUGUUGUUAUUGUUUCUCCUCUCUUUUCUCCUCUUCGUUCACCCAUCACACACAAGUUGCUCGUCUUGUGGGGCGGCCACGGCGGCUGGCACGUGCAUUCUCGCGAGUGCCACCGAGUGUGGCACAUCGAUUUUCUACGACACCCCCGUUUUCACGUAUGACACCAAUGAUGCAGGAUGCAAGACAGUGACGGUGAAAUGUACUGGUCAGGAGUGGAUUUACAGCACGACUCGUCUCGAUGAUGGGUCACCGGCUGUGAGCCCUUCUGGAGAUCAUUAUGGAAAUCCAGGAGUAACAAUCACUAGCAGUGACGUGUACACGUGUGGGGCUGACGGCACGUGGUCUCCAUCAAAGGGAAUCUUUGCUUGUGAAGUCCUAGUUCGUACCCCACAAACCACAACAACGAAAGCGACGACUACAAAAACGACGACAAAAACAACGACAAAAACAACGACAAAAACGACGACCAAAGCCACAACAAAAGCGACAACCACAGUUUGCACAGGCACCUGGAGCUCUUGGUCGGAUGUGACAUCUUGCUCAAGUACUUGUGGAAUGUGUGGAACAAAGAGUCAAUCACGACAGUGCACGCCUGCUCGUUGUGAAUGCGAUGGAGUAUCAAAUCAAAAUGUGAAAUGCACUGAUGCUCUUUGCCCAUUCCCUGCGCCCACUUGUUGUCCGGGAUUCGUGAAGAAGACGGAUCCAGUCUUGAAGAAAUACACGUGUCAGCCAGAG